AUCUUGUGGAAGAAAAUCAGGCAGACACACUCAGACAGGCACCAGUGGGAGACCAGAACUUCUAGCUGGCUCUCAGCUGCCACCGCUCCACCAGAGGGUGGGGAGGAAGACAGGAGUGCCCCAGAGUCCAGAGGAGAGGCAGGUGUGUGCAGUUUCCUUCCUGCAGGUACAUCACCUGGAUCAUGAGGGCAUCCUUCUUCUGGCUCCUCCCACUUCUCCUCAUCUUGGCCUCAGUGGUCCAAGGCCAGCCAACAAGACCCAAACCUGGGACGAGGCGCAAACCCAAGCCAAGGCCCACACCCAGCUUUCCUCAGCCCCACGAGCCAGCCGAGCCUACAGACCUGCCUCCGCCCCUUCCUCCUGGCCCUCCAUCUGUCUUCCCCGACUGUCCUCGGGAAUGCUACUGCCCCCCUGACUUCCCAUCAGCCCUCUACUGUGACAGCCGGAACCUUCGCAAGGUCCCUGUCAUCCCAGCCCGCAUCCAUUACCUUUACCUGCAGAACAACUUCAUCACUGAGCUCCCUCUGGAGUCUUUCAAGAAUGCCACAGGCCUGAGGUGGAUCAACCUGGACAACAACCGGAUUCGCAAGGUGGACCGGAGGGUGCUGGAGAAGCUCCCGAGCCUGGUGUUCCUCUACAUGGAGAAGAACCAGCUGGAAGAGGUGCCGUCAGCUCUGCCCCAGAGCCUGGAGCAGCUGAGGCUGAGCCAGAACCACAUCUCCAGAAUCCCGCCCCGGGUGUUCAGCAAGCUGGAGAACCUGCUGCUCCUCGAUCUGCAGCACAAUCGGCUGAGCGACGGAGUCUUCAAGGACGACACGUUCCAGGGCCUCACGAGCCUGAUGCAGCUCAAUCUGGCCCACAACAUCCUGAGGAGGAUGCCGCCCAAGGUGCCCCCAGCCAUCCACCAGCUCUACCUGGACAGCAACAAGAUCGAGACCAUCCCCAGGGGCUACUUCAAGGACUUCCCCAACCUCGCCUUCAUCCGCAUGAACUACAACAAGCUGUCAGACCGGGGGCUCCCCAAGAACGCCUUCAACAUCUCCAACCUGCUGGUGCUCCACCUGUCACACAACAAGAUCAGCAACGUGCCGGCCAUCAGCAACAAGCUGGAGCACCUGUACCUCAACAACAACAGCAUCGAGAAAAUCAAUGGGACCCAGAUUUGCCCCAACAACCUCGUGGCCUUCCACGACUUCUCCUCGGACCUGGAAAAUGUGCCACACCUGCGCUACCUGCGGCUGGACGGAAAUUACCUGAAGCCCCCCAUCCCCCUGGAUCUCAUGAUGUGUUUCCGCCUCCUGCAGUCUGUGGUCAUCUAGGCUGCGCCCAGAGCUGGACCUCCUCUGACAGCACUUGAAGGCUGGUGGCCCAAGCUCUGGUGUCCACUGUUUCUGUGUGUCUUUCUCUCUUGCUUCCAGCUCUGUCUUUCUUCUUACCCCUUUCUGAGGAUGGGAAAUACCAUAUACCCUGCUCUAGCUCUAAAGCUAGAUUUCCCCGCCCAGUCCAAAGACACCCUGCCAGCCAAAACUUCUGGUCUUCUUUGGUCUCCUAUUGCUUCAAAAACAUAAGUGUCUGUCAACAGGCACAUCCCCUCCCCUCUCCUCCUUCUCCUACCCCCCUCCACUAGUCUCUCCCGGGUAAGACUGAUCCAUGGACUGACACCUUAUUUUAGUCUUAGUCCAAUAAGAAGCAGAAAUCAUCCCAGAGGUGAACCCUGGAAAGUUCUGCUGAGAACCUCCACCUUGGGAAACUAUCUCAAGAAGACCAACAAAAUCAAGGUCUCCUGGGCCAAGAUCCCUUCUGAAACUGUUGCUUUGCCACCCUGUUUCCUGACAGCAGACAUCACCCUGCUCUCUGCUAUCCCGCAUUCUUCAGGAAUAAAGGGGGAGGAGAUGACUAAGGUGGGUUGCGGAGGCAGGGUUUCCCACAAGUGUCUCCAGCCGGACCUCCUCUGCCCUUCUUCCUCCUCUGGGCAAACUCAACACACACCCUCUUGGCUGGGGAACAGCCAGGGAGAAGAGUGGUUCAAGAAAGUAGACUUUAUCUAAUAGGUAGGAGGGGGGCGGUCAGAGCCCCAAAAUGGGUCUGUGUGGACAUGGGUGAGCCCAAACCUGAAAGAGGCUCUAAGUCUGGGAGGACAGUGUUAACAGUGGAGGGCCAGGAGGCAGCAUCCCACUCUCUGUGCUCUCUCGGGCUCUCUGUGUACACAACCCAGGAAUCUUCACCCCAAAGGCAGUUCCUGAGAAACAGGGAGGAAGGGGUGGAGCACCUGGAAAUCUCCCAGAAGCCUCUUCCACACUGGGGAUUAGCCUCCACCUCUGCGGCAGACUCAUCAGUGACAUCUGGUGGCUGGUGAAGGUCACAGCCGACUCCACUCUCUGGGGUGAUGUUGCAACUUCCUGAUUCCCUAGGGGAAGAAGGCCAUGGGUGACUGGCAGAGUGUCUUUCUCCUAAUGGGUCUGAAGGGAAGGACACUGAGUGAGUAUGAAUGGGGAAUCUUUGGGAGUCUAAGGGAAGCUAGUUUGACCUUGGCCUUGUCAGGUCUGUUUUGUCAGGCUUCCACAUCUGCAAACUGGGGCAGUAAAUGGGAUGCUCCUUCAAGGUCCUCUCAGAGCUCAUGUUUCAUGUCUGUGCUCCCUCUUCUAACACAGGACAAAUGGCAUUAACUUCCUUUCGCAGUAAUUUAUUUCCUGCAUAGAGUGCCCCUCCCCCAAAGACGUCCCUACCCCAGUUUCCUAGCCCAGGUGAGCAGCUUGGCAGGUUCCCAAGAACCUGGGCUUCUGGCCGGUUCCUUCCCUUCACCUCCCUCGAGGUAAGGCUUCCCUUGCCCUGCCACAGUUCCCUUCAUGCAGGAUGAUGAGGGCUAUGGGGAGGUGAAUGUUCUAGAAGUGAGUGAGGCACAGGGCCCACACUCAUUAGGAUGGCUCUCCCGGGAAUAGUGUCACACACUGUGUAAGACGUUGGAUUAGGCUGGGCCCUUUAGUCCAGAAAACCCAUUCAUAGUCUCCAUCACAUUUCUCAUCUGCUCAUUACUGAAAAUAGAGGCCAAGUGGCCUCUUUUCCCCGCUGUGCAGCUUCCUGGUUCUUCCUAGUUGCAGCUGGUUUCUCCAAGGCUCCUGCUUAAAGUCAAUAGAUUAUUAUUGCUGAAAGCAACCUGGUGCUACAGCCUGGACAAGCCCCUUCUGCUCCUAUGUGCAACCUUCAACCUCAGCCCCUCUGGUGAGGCCAUAGGGAACACAGCUCCUGUGGCUGCUGGGGAUGGGGUGGACACUGAUCUUUCAAGCAUGAGCUAGCAUCACAUCAUCAGUAUUCCAUUAUCCAACCUGGACCAUUCCACCUUCCUCCACUGCUCUCUGCUGCUGUCAGCUAGAGGGUGAGGGUUAAACUGGCUUUACAGGAGACACACACACACACACACACACACACACGACAUGCUCGUGCAUAAACACGUGCACACAUAAUGCACUCAUGAACAGAUUACUGGCACCUGUGAGUCUAGAAAGCCCCUCCUCACACAAGUUCAUUCCAUCAGAACCAUUGGCUUCUAUACAUGUAGGUGCAUGUGUAGGCGUGUGUGUGUUCUGUACAUCCUGUCUAUCUCUUAAAGACCAUGCUAACUCUGAUACAGCUUCCCCACUUUGACAAGCUUCAUAGCAGAGGAAAUAAAGUCAUAUGGAAAACACCA